ACAAGAUCAAGUAAUAUUCACACCGCAGUAUGAGAGAGAGAGGUAGAGAGAGAGAGAGAGGGGUGGUCGACGGACGACGGUCACUAGCAAGGCGGACGACACUGAAUCAAGAGCGUGCAGGGUCUCGGGGUAGAAGUAGAACCAGAAGGUGGGAAACAGUGGAACGGAGGCAAAGGCAUCACGAUCAGAACCAGACUCGGAUGUGGAAGAACGAGGGUGCUUAUGACAAAGGAUUAUACAAGCAAGCCACACCAUACUUUUUCUCUAACUUUCCGGAUGACUGGAGCUAUGCAGACAUGUGGAGAACUUUUCGAAAAUUUGGAAGGGUGUAUGACAUUUAUAGUCCUAACAGAAGAAGCAGAAAUGGGAGUAGAUUUGGGUUCGUGAGGUUUUUAGAUGUUAGGAACAGAAGGGAGCUGGAAAUGCAACUUGAUCAGAUCUGGGUUGGAAGCCAAAAGCUAUGGGUGAACACACCAAGAUAUGAUGAUGUGAAGAAAAAAGAAGGGGAGCGGAGGGAGUAUCAUGAUGUUGCCCCAAAAAAGCAAGACAGAAGUUAUGCAGAAGUGGUGCGUGGAGUACAGGAGAGCAGACCGAAGAAGGGGAGCGAUCAGAUGCUUAAUCAAGAGGUCGAAAGAAGGCCAACAAGCAGUAGAAUCAAAACUAAGACUGAACAUGGAAGCUCCGAAAAUAGGAAAGUUUGGAAGAAAAAAGGAAUAGGAAAAAGGUGGGAGGGAAUGGAGUAUAAUACAAAACCAGAAGACUAUGAAUGGCUUAAAGGGUGCUAUGUAGGAACGGUUCAUUCCGUUGAGAUGGUUCGAAAUCUCCAGGAGAAAUUUUACAUGGAGGGGUAUUUUUCCUGUCGGAUUCGAGCAAUGGGGGGGAAGAUGGUCUUGUUAGAUUGUGAGGAGAAAGAAGAACUGAAGGAUCUUGUGGAAAUGGCCUCUGAUUGGCUAAGUCAAUGGUUUAAAGAUGUGCACCCGUGGACACCGGAAUCAGUAACAGAGGAGAGAUUCGUGUGGAUUAGAUGCCAAGGGGCACCUUUAAAUGUAUGGGGGCUGGACUUCUUUGCAAAAAUGGCCUGCUCUUGGGGAAAAUUCAUCUGUUUAGAUGAUAACACAAGCAAAAAAGUGAGAUUUGAUAUAGCAAGAUUCUUGAUCUCAACUCCAAUUAGCAAUACAAUCUCAGUUCUGCGCCAAAUACAAAUCAAUGGGAGAAAAUACAAUCUGAAAUUCACUGAAGAGGAGUUUACAAAUAGUUUUUUUUCCCUAAAACAUGACUUUUUCCCAGCAUACCAAAGUGAUUCCGAAGAGAAUGAAGGAUGGUCCACCGAAAGCGAGAGGGAGAAACACGGGUCUGUAUUUGCAGAGGAGUGUGCUCAGGUGAAUGGAAGCUAUCUCCAGGAAGAAGAUGAUGACGUGGCGGGCUGGCAAAGAAGGGAAAUGGAGAAACCUCGGGAACAAGACACAUCGGGGAAGGGGAAACAGUGCAACACAGAGGAAAACAGCCUGGAACACAUUCAAAAUUUGAAAGAGGUUGAGUGUAGAGUAGGAACAGAGGAGGCGCGGCUGCUGCAGAGAGACGUUGCUGUGUCAGGAAGGUUGGGCGUUGUGGAGGGAGAAUAUCUGGGCCUUUGUGAGCAGUCCGAGCUGAAAGAAGACAGCAUAAAGUUGGGCCUGGGCGUUAAAUCCAGACGGACAGAAGGCAGCUCUCAACUGGGCCUUAGCAAGCAGGAUCCGACGGAAACAGGGGGAAAGCUCAAUCCUCAAGCUGAAAAUUUCGAUUAUGAAGAAUCAAUAAAUUUGGGCUGGACCCAAACACAAAAAGGGAAGGAAAUAAAAAGUCGGUCAAUUAUUGAUGGCUAUUCUAGAAACAAGGAGGUAGAACAGAACAGCUUGGACGGUGCAGAGGGGGACGCGUUCUGGAACGGUUUUGAAGAAGAACAAAGAGGCAUAGAAGAGUGGAUCAAGAAGCAAGGAGAGGAGGGUUCAACCAAGAAGAAAAGAAGGAUCAAGAUGUGUAGUUCCGUGUAUGCUAAAUCAAGAGCAGUGGGUACGGGUCCCAAAUUAAAGAAAGGAAGAAGAAAACAGUGCAAACAAGAUGCAGAGGAGAGAUCCGAGCCAAGCUUCCUACCCGGAUCAAAGGGAAAGUUUGCAGGCGACUCAGUAGGUGAUAGCGGCAUCCAGAACUGCAAUAGAUGGUUGAAGAAGCAAAUGAAGAAUAAUUUAGCAGUGGAGAUAUGGGACCUUGCGAAAAAGCUAGGGGCAGUGGCCGAGGAUGAUAGGGAGAUCAUUCAAAGAAUUGAAGAGAUGGAGAGUAGAGACAGCCGAGACAAAGCAGAGAAGACAACUCACGGUUCUGGAGAGGCGAGGAAGAGAAGGCAAAUUAGGGAGUUAGUUAAGAAGGAAAAAGUGGAGUUUUUAGCUAUACAAGAAACGAAGUUGCAAGUUGUAGAUAAUUGUAUAUGCAGAGGGGUUUGGGGUACGGAUGACAUGGAGUGGAUUUCAAAACCAGCAGUGGGUAUGUCGGGUGGUUUGCUGUGUGUCUGGAACCCUAAGGUAUUAAAAUUGGUAGAGGUGAUCGAGGGUGACAAUUUUAUAGGGGUGACUGGUGUAUGGGGAGAGGACAAAAUACUGGUGCACAUUUUGAAUAUUUACUCACCUUGCCAAGUGACGGGUAAAAGAGCCUUGUGGGAGGAACUGCAGCGUUUAAUUUUGAGUAGAAAUGGAAAUUGGUGCCUUGCAGGAGAUUUUAAUGCUGUAAGAAGUAUAGAAGAAAGAGCAGGAUGUAAAGGGAUGACUGUAGAGAUGGAAGAAUUUGAUGAUUUUAUUCACAAUGCUGGGUUAAUUGAUUUACCACUGGUGGGUAGAAAGUUUACGUGGUAUAACUCUAAUGGAAAAUUCAUGAGUAGAAUUGAUAGAUUCUUGAUUUCGGAAGGCUGGUUUUCAGUAUGGGGAGAUGUGAAACAAUGGGGUUUGCGUAGAUCGGUGUCGGAUCACUGUCCUAUUUUACUGAAGGAGGAGAAGAUUGACUGGGGCCCAAAACCAUUUAAAUUUUUUGAUGCUUGGCUGGAGAUACCAGAAUGCAAGGAGAUUAUCAGAACAGCAUGGAAUUCAAGGGAAAUAAAUGGAGGGAAGGGAUAUAAGCUAAAGGAGAAAUUGAAAAUGACCAAGAAGGCACUGAAGGACUGGAGCAGCAAAUCAAUGGCAGAUGUGGAUAGAAAAAUAAGUGAAGCUGAAGGGAUGAUAGCAGAAAUUGAUGAACAAGGAGAGAAGAGCACAUUGUCUGAUACUAACAUUGAAAAUAGAAGAAAUUGCUUUUUAGAUUUGUGGAAGCACUUGAGAAUCAAGGAGAGAAUGUGGCAGCAAAAGUCUAGAAUGGCGUGGCUGAAAGAAGGGGAUGCGAACACAAAGUUCUUCCAUAGGUGUGUGAAGGGAAGAAACAGAAGAAAUGAAAUCAACUUCAUCCAGAUAAAGGGAGUUCAACACUCUGGGGUUCUGGGAAUAAAAAAAGCAGUAGCAGAACACUUUGAAAAACUGUUUACAGAAGAAAACUGGCAAAGACCAAGGCUGGAUGGGAUUAGUUUCAACCAGAUUUCUGGGGUAGACAAUGAUCUCCUAACAGCUGCAUUUUCUGAAGUGGAAAUCAAACAAGCUAUAUGGGAUUGCGGUUCAUCAAAAUCCCCAGGCCCAGACGGUUUCAACUUCAGAUUUAUUAAGGAGAUGUGGGGAGACAUCAAAGCAGAGAUUAUCGAGUUUGUACAAGAGUUUCAUAGGCUCGGACGGCUUGCAAGAGGAUCGAAUGCAUCCUUCAUUGUCUUGAUUCCAAAAGUUGAGAACCCACAAAGGAUAGAGGAAUUCAGACCCAUUUCGCUCAUUGGGGUCAUGUAUAAGAUUAUAGCAAAAUUGCUGGCAAAUCGCCUUCGGAAAGUGCUGCCAAAAAUCAUCGGGGAACAGCAAAUGGCUUUCAUCGGGGGUAGACAGCUAGUGGAUGGAGUUGUGAUAGCGAACGAGGUCAUUGAUGAGGCUAAGAAAAAGAAGAAGAAGAGCUUCCUGUUCAAAGUGGAUUUUGAGAAAGCUUAUGACAAUGUCUGCUGGGAUUUCAUCGAUUAUAUGAUGAGGAGAAUGGGAUUCAGUACAACCUGGAGAAAUUGGAUACGGGAGUGUCUAGCAUCGAGCUCGGUUUCAGUUCUCAUUAACGGAAGCCCAACAAAUCAAUUCCCGGUUAGCAAGGGGAUAAGACAAGGCGACCCGCUAUCACCCUUCCUAUUUUUAUUAGUAGCUGAAGGAUUAAAUGGGCUUGUAUCCUCUGCAGUGGAGAAACAGCUGUAUAAAGGGGUGGCAGUGGGGAAUGAAGGAGUCUCAGUGUCACACCUUCAAUUUGCGGAUGAUACGAUUUUUUUUGGAGAGGCAUCGGAGGACAAUAUCGGGGUCAUUAAAAGUAUAAUGAGAACUUUUGAGUUGGUAUCUGGUCUUAAAAUUAAUUUCGGGAAGAGCCAAUUAAUGGGGAUCGGGGUUGAAGACAAUUGGAGAAAUAAGAUGGCGUUCAGGCUGUGUUGUAAAGAAGGGGAGCUUCCAUUCAAAUAUUUGGGGAUCCCAGUUGGAGGAAAUCAUAAAAGAGUGGCAAUGUGGCAGCCAAUGGUGAAUUCAUUCAAAAAAAAACUAACUACUUGGAAGGGUCGGUUUUUAUCCUUGGGAGGCCGUAUCACGCUCAUUAAUUCAGUGCUGUCUAGCCUGCCUGUGUUCCUCAUGUCAGUCUACUUAAUCCCGAAAGGUAUACUCUACUCUAUCGAUAAAAUUCGUAGAAGUUUUUUAUGGGGGGGUGGGGGUGAAAAGAGAAAAAUAAAGUGGGUCAGCUGGGAUAAGGUGUGUAAAAAAAAGGAGGAAGGCGGGUUGGGGGUGAGGGAGUUGAGGAAAUUUAACCUGGCGUUGUUGGGCAAAUGGUGGGGACGUCUUGCUGAAAAUAAGGAGGGGUUGUGGAAGCGAGUAAUUAUAGGGAAGUAUGGAGAGAGGGGGGGACAUUGGCUGGACUGGAUUAAAGAAAGAGAAGGACUAGGCUCUACAUGGUGGAGGGAUGUAUGCUGCAUUGAUAAAAUGGAUAGGGAGAGAGUAGGAUGGCUGUUGGAAGGGUUUAGAAUAAAGCUUGGGGAUGGUAAGAGGGUGAGCUUUUGGUGGGAUAAUUGGUGCGGGGUGGGCUAUCUUGCUAAUAAAUACCCUAGACUGUAUUUGAUAUCCACAGGAAAGGACAACAAGUGCCACCAAAUGGGAAACGAAGGAAAUGAACAAUGGAGCUGGAACCUCCAAUGGAGAAGAAAGCUAUUUGAAUGGGAGAACGAAGAGGCAAAGGAACUCCAACAAUUGAUAGAAGACAAGAAAAUCAAGCAAGGAAGGCCAGACUCGUGGGAAUGGGUCCAUGACAAGGAUGGGCAAUACUCCACUAAGACAGCAUACUCAAUCCUAACAAAAGAUCAGAUAGAAACAAAUGAGAUAUCGACAUACAAAAGAAUAUGGAAUCCCAAAUUUCCAAGUAAAGUCUCAGCCUUCAACUGGCAACUUUUGCUCGACAGAAUCCCAACAAAAGUCAACUUGGUUAUUAGAGGGAUUAUUGGAGAAGCAGAAGAUGGCAAAUGCGUCUUUUGCAAGGAGGAAGAUGAAGACUCCAAACACCUAUUUCUGAAAUGCAAAAUAACCAGUUGGGUGUGGCAAGAAUGCGCUAAAUGGUGGGGAACAGAGGUUAGGCUGGAAAGGGAUUGCUGGAAUUCAUUUCAGAGGUUUGGGAAAUGGAGCAAAGAUCCAAAGGGAGAUGUGAAGAUUAAGCAUCGGUACUCUGAAGUUCGUCACGAGUCUAGUGUCGACACCUUUAGUAGGGGUCGACACUUUGCUAUUUCACUCAGGAAGAUGAGGAGAGGAAAAGUUGUGAUGAAAAGGAUCGAGAAUGCAGCGAGCAGACUAGUGUCCUUCUCCAAGCGUCGAAACGGGCUGCUUAAGAAAGCUUUUGAGCUAUCUGUUCUCUGCGAUGCUGAAGUUGCAGUCAUCACCUUCUCACAAAAAGGAAGACUUUAUGAGUUCUCAAGCUCCGAGAUGUGUCUAAGGUUCUCUAAUGCUAUGGAUUAUAGAAUAUUCAUGUUGAAUUUUGACAACCAACUUCUAGCUGCAAUAGGAAAGGUUCAAAUAAAGAUUGGUGGGGUUGAUGGUUGGAGAUGGGUGCAUGAUUCUGACGGAAAUUAUGUAGUGAAGAAAGCUUAUGAGUUCUUAGCUCCUUUAGAGUCUGUUUUGCAGGGCCAGCUUUGUAGAUUGGUUUGGUGCAACUUAGUGCCAUCCAAGUAUUGGAGAAAUGCGGUUGUGUUUCAAAAUAAUGGGAGCUUCAAGGAGAAAUUGUUGGAUAUGGUUCAAAUCAAGUCCUUUUCUUGGAUUAAAUCUAAGAAUACUGGCGCCAUGUUCUCCUUUCAUGAAUGGACGGAUGACCCAGUUGCUUGUGCAUUAGAGGUGAGGAGGCAUAAAAAGGAACUAAAGAAGUAUUUGAAGCUGAAACAGGGGCAUAUAUGAUCGACAGUGCGAGCUUGAUUACUUUUGGCUAAUGUGUUUUUAUUAUAAAUGAUGUCAGUUUUGCUAGGUCUUUAUUAUGAUGGUUUAGUCUUUUAUUUUGUAAAUGGGUUGGAGUACCCCUUGUACUCCUAUUAAUAAAUUAUCUUAAUUUGC